AUAAACGCCUUUUGAAAGCAAAACAUUUUUUAGACGUUUUGAAAACAUUUUAAUCAAUAUUUCAAAUGAUUUAUUGAUUUAUUGAUUCAUUUGAUUGAAAAUUGUUUUUUAUUUAACAUUCAAUUGAUUUAACAUUAAAGACAAUCACUAAUUAAGACAAAACUCUGGACAUGUCUUUCGGUGGCUUUGGUCAGACUCCUUCGUCCGGUUUCUCAUUCGGCUCGACGCCAGUGACCACAUCGCAGACGGGCUCAAUGUUUGGCGGAUCGCAAACAACCACUUUUGGCCAGACGUCGGCACCGACUUUCGGAAGUCCAGCAUUUGGCGGUCAGACUCAACAACCGCAACAACAACAGACAUCACUUUUCGGGUCUCAACCGCAGAGUACGUUUGGAUCAUCCACUUUUGGACAGAGCACUAACUUCGGGUCACCCGCUGCCGGGUUUGGCAGCAAUCAAACGACACAACCGGCCACACAAUCGGUGUUUGGCACCAAUCAAACGACACAACCGGCAACACAAUCGGUGUUUGGCAGCACUACUCCUUUCGGCUCCGGACAAACAUCUGUUCCUUCAUUUGGAUCCAGUUUUAGUGCCCAAUCGACCCCCGCAUCCACCGCUUCUGGCGGUCUUUUUUCGUUUCCAACACAACAAACAACUCAACCAAUAUUUGUUGGCCAAACACCGGCUACCACUCAAAGUGUGUUCGGUAGUACACCAUUUGGAUCGACGGUUGCGCCACAAACUUCUCAGUCUACGGGAAUGUUUGGGACCCCAACACAACAGCCCACAAGUCAACCAACCAAUCAAUUCAACCAAUCAUUUGGUUCGACGUCAACACUGGGCACCAGUUUUGGCCAAACGUCAACUCAACCAUUUGGUGCCAUCUCUACACCUGCAGCGCCCGCACCAGCAUUUGGUUCAACUGGUGGCUCAUUGUUUGGAACCGUGACAUCAACGGCCACUUCUGCGGCUCCAACUUUCGGUGGAUUUGGUUCCACAACUGGUUUCGGUGCGACCUCAGUACCGGCUACAUCGGCGCCAGCUUUUAACUUUGGCGGCGCAGUCUCGACGGCCACCACAACUACUCCUUCGUUAUCUUUUUCAGUUCCGCCGACGUCAUCAACAGUCUCGUCUUCUACUCCCGCGUUUGGAGUGACCACUUCAACCUUUGGUUUGGCUGCACCAGCGAUGUCUCAAUCAGCCAUUUCAGCGCCUAGUUUUGGAUUCGCAACUCCUGCCGCUACUCCAGCUAUAUCUUCUAUACCUACCAUUGCUUCUGUCCCUAGUUUUUCAUUUCCUGUGGCAACCACUACAUCAACUCCAACAGCAACUGUCCAACCUUUGCCAUCAUUUGGAACUCCAGCCGUUUCUCAACCAAUUGCUACAUCUGCUCCAGCAUUCAAUUUUUCAACUCCAGCUACGACUCCAUCUUUUACUUUGACUACUCCAUCAUCAACUGUAACAAUAACUGCGGCAACAACUGCACCGAGUUCUUCAUUUGGUUUAAGUCUGAGUAGACCAAUAGCAUCGACGACCACAUCUGCAACUACUAUUGGUCUCACUGCUGCGACUAUUGCGCCGACAAUAUCAUUAACCACUAGUACGCCAGCAACACUUCCAUCGACUACAAUAUCUUCGUUUACUUUACCGCCAACAACAACAAUAGCUGCAACAUCUGUUGCACAACCGUUAUCCACACCAACACCUAUUAAAAUGACUUUCCGCCAACUCGAAGAUCAGAUUAAUCUCUGGCUCAAUGAACUGAAUCAAUUGGAAACUGAAUUUCAUUUACAGGCGCAGACUAUCAACUCAUGGGAUUCAUUACUUAUUAAUAAUGGACUUAAGAUCACACAAAUCAAUGAAUCACUGGAGAAACUAAAGACUGAUCACACGAGACUCGACCAUCAAUUAGAUUUUAUAAUUGCUCAGCAAAAUGAAUUGGAACAGCUGUUGACUCCAAUUGAGUCCAACAAAGUUGAGAUGAGUACCAAUAACACUGUGAAUGCCGAACGCGAGUUCACCUAUUCGAUGGUCGAAACAGUUCACAAUGAUCUCAAUGGUAUCGGAACCGACCUAAAGAAUUUUAUCAAAAAGUUGAACGAAAUGCGAACCAAUGCGGACUCUAGCGAUCCAUUGGCACAAAUCUCAAAGAUAUUGAACUCACAUAUGGAUGCACUUCAAUGGAUUGAAAACCAAAUUAAAACAAUUAAAAUUAAUUAGUUAUUGAUUUGUUUGAAAGCUAAUUCAAUUUAAUUGAUUUAAAUUAUGAUUUUCCCAUAUA